AUGGCAACUCUCGAAGCCCCCCCACCCAGCCGCCACAUCUCCUCGACGCCAAUCUCCCAAGCCGCAGCAUCUUUGAUGCUAGACACCUACCUCCGCAACACAGAAGCACACGCACACCUGCACCCAGACGCGCUCAUCACCCCAACCGGCGUCACCUUUUCCUCGCACGGCGGGCCCGCGGGCGGCGUCGUGCUGCAUAAUCUGCGGCGCGUGGCAGCAGGACUGCACGGGGAGUAUUUGGAGCCGGAGGGGACGCCGGAGCCGGAAGAGGAGGAGGAGGGGGAGGAUGGUGGUGGUGAAUGGGGCGCGGUGAAGGGGUCGGGCAAGGGCAAGGGCAAGGGGAAGAAGGGGGAAGGGUGGCAGGAUAGAGAAGUUGCGGCACAGGAGGAAGAGGGGCUUGUGAUUGGGGAGGUGGGGGAUCGGACGAAUGGUGUUGUUGGGGGUGGGGUGGAGCCCGAGGUGCGGGAUACGGGGUUGGGGGAGGAGGCGAAGAAGAGAAAGGGGGAUGGUGGAGGGAAGAUGGAUAAGGAGGCGAGGAAGAAGGCGAAAAAGGAGAGGGAUCAGCAGAGGAAGAGGGAGAAUGAGGCAAAGAAGGCGGAUUAG